AUGACUUUUGUCACACACUGAGAGAACGAGUAGGAAGAAAUGGCGAUGGCCAUGGUGCGAUCCAGUCUUCUUCGGGCUGCGGUGCGCGGAAGACCUCGUAGCGCGGCUCCUCCCCGGCGAAACUUCGCUUCAUCUAGUCAUCACGAUGAUGAAUAUGAGACAGCCAAGUGGGAGAAGAUUACCUAUCUAGGCAUUGCUACAUGCACUGCUUUAGCCGUUUAUCACCUAUCAAAGGGUCACCCUCACCAUGAAGAGCCCCCUCCAUACCCAUAUCUGCACAUCCGCAAUAAGGAAUUUCCAUGGGGUCCAGAUGGCCUUUUCGAAAAAAAAGCAUCACUAGGAACAUCUGGUGGUUAAGUCGGAGUUAUCGCGUGACUGUUGUUUGGCUUAUUUCUUGCCCCAUGUCGAAGUUUGAUAGAACAUUUUCAUAUUGUUGCAUAAAUUGUAAUGUGGAACUUGCAAGUGGCAAGACAGUCUUAUUAGGUCGUGUUUCAUACCCUUACUUGGAUUUAAAAUAAUUGAAUACUUGGUUCUGCUUUGUCCA